GCUGAGGGAGGAGCUACUCGAUGGAUUGGCUAAAUUGGCCGAGUAAGUAAACAGACGAAAGAGGGGAGGGGGAAAAAGGAAAUUCCUCUUCUCCCCCUUCCUGUUCGGAAAAUCUUGCGCUGCGCAGCGUUGGCGACACCACCGGGAGCUGUGCGCUUAUUUUCUAUCCGUGUGAGGAGCACUGGAGGCGAAGGAUUUUGAGCAGAUCGUCGGACAGUGCGGCCUUCUCCUCCUAAUAUAGAAAACUGGAUGCUGGAGGAAAUGCGUCUCACGGGGUGCUGAUUUGCUUUUUGCAGUUUUUACAAACUCAUAUUUGUUUUUGCACGACCCAAGAGGCCCCGCUUACACUGCAUCUUUCUGCAGACCUAUUUUUUUAAUAACUGCUGUAGGCUAAGAAACGAGCUUUCAGUGUCCGCUGAGUGUUACAUAACCGAGUGGCUUUAGCUGUCCAAGGUGCUGAACCGAGCAGCCGAACCUCAAAACGGGGACGAGCUGUGAAGAAAACAGUCUUGCAAGGUCAAAGGCCUGUAGAGCGCUGGAUCCCACCUCGGUGAACAGAAGGGAAAAAAACACUGGGUGUUGGUGUUCAUAUUUUUUCUUCCCAUCGUUCCUCGGGGAGAAAUUAGUUUCUGCGGUGGUUGAUUGAGCGGAGAGGGAAAAUGUCGGGGCAGACGCUCACGGAUCGCAUUGCCGCUGCGCAGUACCAGCUAACGGGAUCGGAUAUGGCCCGGGCUGUCUGCAAAGCCACCACUCACGAAGUCAUGGCGCCCAAGAAGAAGCACCUGGAAUACCUGGUGUCAGCCACCAACACCACCAAUGUAAACAUCCCUCAGAUGGCUGACACGCUGUUUGAGCGAUCCACGAAUGCCAGCUGGGUGGUCGUCUUCAAGGCCCUCGUCACUACUCAUCACAUAUGCGUCCAUGGUAAUGAGAGGUUCAUUCAGUAUUUGGCUUCCAGGACCUCCUUGUUCAACCUCAGUAAUUUCAUUGACAAAACUGGCUCUCAUGGCUAUGACAUGUCUACAUUCAUCAGGCGAUAUGCACGGUACCUGAAUGAGAAAGCCUUCGCCUACCGCCAAAUGGCUUUUGACUUCACCAGGGUCAAGAAAGGUGCUGAGGGAGUGAUGAGAACCAUGACCACUGAGAAGCUGCUGAAAGGCAUGCCUGUUCUGCAGACUCAGAUCGACACACUCCUGGAGUUUGAUGUUCAUCCGAAGGAGCUAAACAAUGGCAUCAUCAAUGCUGCCUUCCUGCUUCUCUUCAAAGAUCUGGUGAAGCUGUUUGCAUCCUAUAACGACGGAAUCAUCAACCUGUUAGAAAAAUUCUUCAAGAUGAAAAAAAGUGAUUGCAAAGAGGCGUUGGAGAUUUAUAAGAGGUUCCUGACCAGGGUGACAAAAAUUGGGGAAUUCAUGAAGUUGGCUGAGACAGUGGGAGUGGACAAAAACGACAUUCCUGACAUCAACUAUGCUCCCAGCAGUAUCCUGGAGUCUCUGGAAACACACAUGAAUGGUCUGGAGGAUGUAAAAGGUGGAAAGAAAGGUGAAGGGUCUCCAACGAAGGGGUCUCCAACAAACAAUGUGUCUCCAACAUCGACUCCAGCCAAAUCUUCAAACGCCGUUCCCACACUGCAGCCGCCUCCUGGGGACGGUGCUGCUGCUGCUGCUCCUGAACCAGCUGAAGAUUCUUUGUUGGACCUGGACCCUCUGGCCUCCACAGGACCCCCGGCACCAUCAGCCACACCAACAUCCUGGGGAGAUCUGCUUGGAUCCGAAAUGGGUGAUUCCUUGCUAUCUGAAACCCCACUUGCCGCAGAGGCCGCCCCCUCCCCUGCAGCGGCAGCACCCACUCCUGCAGCGGCAGAGCCCGGCGUCUCUCUAGCUCCUCCCACUAGCACAGCAGCCGCCACUUCCCCUGGUGCCACCAAUAUGGAUCUAUUGGGAGAUGCCUUUGCUACACCUGCUCCUUCCACUGAGUCCACUGCUGCAGCAGCUGAGGGUGGGGCUGCUGCUUCGUCCACCCCAUCCACUAACUCUGGAGCUGAUAUGUUUGACUCCAUGCCAGACUCAAGUCUCUCCAAAACGGACCCCAUACCCAGCACUGACUUGUUUUCAGCAGCCGAUUUGUUCAGCUUCCCUGCACCCAUCCUCUCCUCUGCACCACCACCCAAAAUUGACACAGGAGGCAUCAUGAGCUUGUUUGGUGAGUCCACGGGAGGGGACGCCCCAGUUGCCGCUGCACCAGCUUCUGCUGCUCCAGGUUCUGAGCUCAUGUCAGUAUUUGAUGGGCUAGGCGACAUAAUGAAGCCCACUGUGACCCCUCAGGCAGGGGAUGUUGACACCUCCAUGGCUAACAUGGCAAGUAACCUCACAAUGGGAACAGCAGCAGCUCCUCAGGUAGCUCCCCCCAGUUGGGGUGCACCCAUGGCUGGAGCACCCGUUGCAGCAGCACCCAUGAUGCCCAUGGCGAGACCAAGCUUUCCUACAGCAGGAGUGACCCCUGGAGCACCGAUGUCUCCUGGAAUGGCCCAAAGCCCAAGAAAGCCCCCACCACCCAGGAAUGCUCUGGAUGACCUGAAUAUCAAGGACUUCAUGUAGACUGCCUGACCCAGUAACCCCAAGGUUUGUCAUUGUGUCUGGAGCUCUGUGGAUAUGGAUGUCUGCACCCUUCCUCCCAGCCCCUUCUUCAGCCAGCCAGCCAUCAUCUCUUCGAUCUUUACCCUCUAACCUCCCACCAGCCUUGAUUCUUGUAACAAACCCGCCCUCCUUAUCUAAUGUUGUAGCACAACUGUGAAUGUGAACCCUAGAUAC